AUAGCAUAGUUUGCAGAAAGGUUUUCGUAACCAUGUAAUAAUUUCGUAUUAUUGCAUUUAAGGUUACGAUGUUUUGGUUUACGCUUUUUCGGUUUUUAAUUGCUUGAAAAUGAAGACAUCGGGCUCUUAUGUCUGCUAAAUUUGUGAAAUAUGGCAUGGAACACAAGAUCGAAGUGGACUCGCUCCAAACUGGAGCCUCCUCGUCUUCCAGCUCGCUUGACCGAGUUUCAGGAUGCUGAUCUCUCAGAUACAUAUGUCCCCAAUAAAGACCCUUCCACCGGUGUGCAAGCUUUGGAAGGCAGAGUGCCUAACUAUCUGUUGUUAGUUUCUCUACUGGAACAUCUCUGUUCUCUGUAUGAGACUGAUCCAGAGAAAAGCAAGAAGAUCUUUAAUGUUAUCUGUCAGCAGCUUGUGAAGAUGAAGGUGAUGCCCCCCUUUUCAUUUCUUGAGGAAUUCAGUGUUAUCAGGGAGAAAUACAAAACAGCUUUCAGUGAUCUCAUGCAAGCUGCUGCAAGGACCACUGGAACAGAUCUCCUUAGUUUCCCAUCUGGGUUGAGGAAUAAGGGCCCUUUUGGCAGAUGUAUGUGUAGGAGCCUAUCUGCUCCCCAUAAAAUGCAGGAUCUUUUGCAAAAUGGAACUUCUCGUUACAAGGAGGAGUUUGUCGAGAUCAUAAGACUUGGUAAAGGAGGCUUUGGAAGUGUUUUCAAGGUGAAAAACAAACUUGAUGGAAGAGAGUAUGCAGUAAAAAAGGUUCCACUUAAAGAAACAAAUCCUGAUCUUUGUUUAAAGGUUUUGCGAGAGGUCAAAGUUCUGGCAAACCUAAGUCACAGUAAUGUUGUUGGAUAUCAUGCAGCAUGGCUAGAGUAUGUGACAACAGAUACUGUCAACACUACUAUGCCCAGAGUAGCUACGGUUCCUACAAGUCUUCAGGAAUUCAGUGACCUUUCUUCUUUAAAUGGAAUUCACAGGAUCAUGGAAGUUAGUCAUGAUAGCCAAAACAGCAUAGUGUUUGAAAGUUCAUCUCAGGAUCCCUCUAAUAGUGGCAUUGUGUUCAUGGCUGAUGAUGACUCAGUGGGGACUGGGAGCCAGGCGGAAGGAAAGCAGCGUGGUGCCCAUGCUGAAAGUCACUUGGGCAAGAUCCAUUCAACCAACCUCAGGAGCACCAAUAAUACUCGUAAAAGCACGGCCCCUUAUCAUGCUUCACGUCGCAGCAUGCGUCGAUCAGCGUCCAGUUCAAGCUUAGGCUCCAUGGCUAAAGAUAGUGACCGUCACGGUAUUGAUGAUGAACAAAGCAACGAGCUGAGUAGCGAUCAGAGCAGUGCAUUCGCAGAGAGCAUACUGAAAAGUACAGCCGUUAGUAAGCGUCUAGGAAUGUUGCUGUUUAUUCAGAUGCAGCUCUGCACAACAACACUGCGAGACUGGCUGGUGAAACGUAACGAGGAAAUCUCCCACACCACUGACGGCCAAGUCGACAAAUCAGCUGUUGUGGAAAUUUUUCGCCAAGUUGUGGAAGGUGUGAGCUACAUUCACUCUCAAGCGCUUCUUCAUCGAGAUUUGAAGCCAAGAAAUAUCUUUCUCCAAGGACUCAGACAUCCAAAGGAAGAACGAUAUAGUUUCCAGGUCAAAAUCGGUGACUUUGGUUUGGCUCGGAAAGAAGUGGUCGUGAGUCCUGGAGCUAGUAGUCCGCUGGCCAGUUUGAUUGAGCCACUCACCCCGUUAUUUUCUCCAGGAUGUUCUGGUAAAGAUGUUCCCACCGCUGGUGUUGGCACAUGCACUUAUGCUUCGCCUGAGCAACUAAGGAACAACAUAUACGAUAACAAGGCGGAUAUUUACAGCUUGGGAAUUAUCCUCUUCGAGCUGUACUGUCCUUUUGGUACUGAGAUGGAACGAGUAAAGAGUAUAAAAGAUCUCAGGCAGGGAAGGUUACCAGAAGACUUCUGUGAGAAAUGGCCAGAAGAGUCUAAGCUGAUAUUGGAGAUGGUAGCUGAAAACUCUGGCAACCGGCCUACAGCAGAGUCUCUUCUUGAGCUUGGCUUCUUGAAAGCAAAGCACACGCAACUAAGUGAUCACCUGAGGGAAAAGGUCAAGGAACAAGCGUCUGAAAUAAUAGAACUGCGGAAAAUGCUGUUGAAGAAAGACGAAGAGCUGGACGCUAGGAUGGAUGAAGUUAGUGAACUGAGGCGGCAGCUUGAAGAGAGAGACAAGCUUAUUGAACAGAUGCUUGCUAAUAAACAGCUCUGUACCACAUGCAGCCGUAAGCUUGUCAAUCAAGGGGAGGAGAUGGAUACAGGAUGAAAUUGCGCUGCACAGGGUAGAGGAGAUGGGGAGAAAUAAUUUGUUUACAGCACUCCCUGUUGGAGACGAACAGGGGGAGGGAACGCACAAGUGACUUUCGUGUCCUCUCCAUAGUCUUUAUUCCAAGAUUAUCAGUGUGAAUGCUGUCUCAUUUGGAAAGUACUCCUAUGACGAACAGCAUUACUUAGCUUUUCAAAUUUUAUUUAAUUUAGAAACGCAUUUUCUCAUUCAAGUUCAUAGAUAGGAAUUGUGUAGGAAAAUUUUCAACGCGGAAGGUAGAAGUUAUUUUUGUACAUAAUAUGAGAACUUCGGUCGUUUUUGAGUCAAAUUUUAAAUUGUAGAGAGACGAAAUAAUGCAUUGUGCUA